UGAUAGGCAGAAGGACGGAACAAAACGAUACUUAGAGUUGGAAUUCGGUGUUAGAACACCAUGGAGGUGGGCGCCACUUACUUCGCGGCCCUAGUUGUACUCGUGGCGGCCAGGUCCCCGGGCGAGAAAUAUUUGAAGUGCCAUUGUCACCACUGUGUAAAAAGCAACUUCACAUGCGUGACAGAUGGCGUCUGCCUUGUUUCACUCAGUGUGAGACAUGGCAAAGUGACACGUAACAGCAUGUGUGCUGAACAUAAAGAACUGAUCCCUCCAGACAGACCAUUCAUUUGUGCACCUUCCCCUUCAGAAAAGUUCAUGAAAGUUGUAUGCUGUGAGGACGACUUCUGUAACCGUGAAGAAUUGAUUUCCAUCCCAGGGCCAACAGAACCAGGAACAAAUGCAACACACCUAGGACCCGUAGAGUUAGCUGCUGUCAUUGCUGUUCCAGUCUGUAUCAUUUGUAUUUUCAUGAUGCUGAUUUUGUACAUCUACCAUAACCGUACUGUUAAUCACCAUCGUGUUCCAAAUGAAGAAGAUCCCAAUAUAGAUCGUCCUUUUAUUGAUGAGGGCACAACAUUAAAAGAGUUAAUUUAUGACAUGACAACCUCUGGCUCAGGUUCAGGUUUGCCAUUGCUUGUUCAAAGAACAAUUGCAAGAACUAUUGUUUUACAAGAAAGUAUUGGGAAAGGUCGUUUUGGAGAAGUGUGGCGUGGAAAGUGGAGAGGAGAAGAGGUUGCAGUAAAGAUAUUUUCUUCACGAGAGGAGCGUUCUUGGUUUCGAGAAGCAGAAAUUUACCAAACAGUUAUGCUACGAAAUGAAAAUAUUCUUGGAUUCAUUGCAGCAGAUAAUAAGGACAAUGGAACAUGGACUCAGCUGUGGUUAGUGUCUGAUUACCACGAGCAUGGCUCACUGUUUGAUUACCUUAAUAGGUACACCGUUACUGUUGAAGGAAUGAUUAAACUUUCUCUGUCAACUGUCAGUGGGCUUGCACAUCUCCAUAUGGAAAUCGUGGGUACACAAGGAAAGCCUGCUAUUGCACACAGAGAUCUAAAGUCUAAAAAUAUUUUAGUGAAGAAGAACGGAACCUGUUGCAUAGCAGACUUGGGACUUGCAGUAAGGCAUGAUUCUGCAACGGAUACCAUUGACAUAGCACCAAAUCACAGAGUUGGAACAAAAAGGUAUAUGGCUCCAGAAGUUUUAGAUGAUUCAAUAAAUAUGAAACAUUUCGAAUCAUUCAAGAGGGCCGACAUCUAUGCUUUGGGACUAGUGUUUUGGGAAAUAUCGCGAAGGUGUUCAGUUGGAGGUAUUCAUGAAGACUACCAGUUGCCUUACUAUGACCUAGUACCUUCUGAUCCUUCUGUUGAGGAAAUGCGGAAAGUGGUUUGUGAGCAGAAGUUAAGACCAAACAUUCCUAACAGAUGGCAGAGCUGUGAGGCCCUCCGAGUAAUAGCUAAAAUAAUGCGAGAAUGCUGGUAUGCUAAUGGAGCAGCCAGGCUUACAGCUUUACGUAUUAAGAAAACACUUUCGCAGCUCAGUCAACAGGAAGGCAUUAAAAUGUAAACCCAGGUGCAUCAGUUGUCAACAUUUCAAGGAUUCAUGUCAAAUCCUGCAUAAUUAUGUUUGGAAGGGAUAUUUGUUCUACCUCAUUGAGGGGAUGGACGUAAGAAGGAGCUCACCUUCUGAACUUCAUAGGAAUGUCAACCAUUAAAUCCACAUUUUCUGUGGUCAUGACCGAAGAUUCACUGAAGGGGCCUCUCUGCACUAUGAAUACCCACCUUCCCAGGACAUUUACACAGAAUAUUAUUGUGUAGUCUAGCUUUAUUUUUAUUAACACAAAACUUGAUAAAAAAAGAUUUUAUAAUUAUUGUUGGUCUUAACUUUCAGUUGGGUGCAGAAGAUAAUAAAGAGAAUGGAGGGUGGUUCACUGCCCUCUGUAUACAGUAUGACAUUAUACAGUAUUAAACAGGAAGGAAUGUGUGAGUUAUCAAGGACCGGGUUUUUUGUACCUAUGUAAAUUGUUUUCUUGAACUAGAUUUUUAAAUCUAUUGCACAUCUUUCCUGCAUGAAGGAGGAUACAUUAAAUUAUUUUCUCAGAUAAAAAUGGCCUCAUACUAAUGGGGAACAUGAUUUAUGCAACUAUAUUUUAUAUAUCUAUGUAUCUCUAUCUAUCUAUCUGUGUAUAAUAUAUAGCUAGAUAGAUGUAGGUAUAUUGCUGUUAUUUUAAAUUAACUUCAGAAUAGUACCAUGCCUUUCAGGUUGGAUUGUACUAUACCAGUAAGUGCCACGUUUCCUCAGUCUUGAUGCAUAUUAAAUAUACAGUUAUGAACUUCCACUGUAUUUCAGAAUACUGUGCACUGCAGAGGUAUAUUAGUUCUGUAAUUAAAUUAACCAUGUGUAUGUUAUGUCA